CAUGGUGCCAACCAGGUUAUGAAAGUCGUCCGGCACGCUCGACGUGUGGCGGGAGAACAGAUUCACAGCUGAUUGUGAAAGCCGCAAAUCUCUCGCUCCCUCUCACCCUCACGCAGCACCGUCUGCCCCGUCUGAGUUUUUUUCUCCGCUUGUCUCCCCCUUUUUUCCGAAUUUGAUUUACAAAAAAAAAAAAAAGAUAUUCCCUUCAGCUUCUCUCUAUUAUUAUUCGAACCGAAUUGUUUGUCUUUUUUAGUCAUGGUCUUAAAUCAAGUUCGUAAAUCUAACUGGAACAAUUUUUAUCGUGAAUUUCUUGUGUGAACGCAAAGUCCAGCUGAGGGUGUGUAGGCCUACUGCCUUCAAACUGGUUUUAUUAUUUGAAACUACUUUCUAGCAAGAAACAUAUAGCACGCUAUCAGGUGGAUUAAUGCUGAGUUUUGAAGUUUGUUUUUUGUAAAAAAAAAAAAUAUAAUUUCCCUUUAGUGAUGUGUUCAAUAAUUGAUAGAACAAAAUGUAAUGCUUUAAAUAUUGUGCCAAUCGUUUAAAAAGUGAUUGUAGGUUUCAAGUAUUCACUGUGGAUAUACACCAAACUUGACUGAACUUCACUGGUACAAUAAAUAUAGUAUCAAAUUGAUUGGAGAAUGCACGAGGGAGAAAUAGCUGACAGACAGACAGACAGAGUGAAAUGAUAUAAGCUUUGUAAAAAUGUUGACGUCCUUCAAUUUCAACUAUUCCAUUGAUGUCACCGAGAAACAAGCCUAGUCCCUAGACGAUCAUUCCUAGCUCAAGUGAGCGGCAAAUUGAACAGCGAAAUCUUUGGAAGUAGGUUGCAUCCCUUUACUCGACAACUUUAUAUUUAGCAGCAGUCAUAAUUCAUCAGUUAUUGCUCGUAUUCAUAAACCACAAAAAUAAAUGCCUCUUUUUACUAAUGAAAAAACAAAAACAACAAAUUUUGGCCACCAUUACAUAACAGCUUUCGAAACUAUUAUUUAGCGUCACAUCCCAUCAAGCAGGAUUACUCCCUACCAGAUUCACAAUGUGUUCACUGAACUCUUCUUGGACCUUCAACUCUAAUGGCAUGGACUCGCAGGUGCCAAGGGAGAAUGCUAUGCCCACGCCAAACUAAAUUAUUCACACCUGCGUCAAACAAGGGUACAGUGGCUGGGUGUGUGUGAGCGUGUGCUCGCGGUUCAUUCAGUUUCACGCCUGACUGGUCACCGUGAUCAAAAUCAAUCAAUGAAAAGGAUUACGGUGUUAUUAAUCGAGGAGACAUUCAAAGAUAAUAAAUAACCUGGACGCUAGACAAUGAUGGCCAGUAUUGACCAGCGGCACCAGAGACAUUGAAAUGUGACUAUGGGUCGUUUCAAAUGGUACUUUUGUACACGUCAUCGAAGGCGAGCUGGACCGUGGACGAGGUCAAGGUUAUUGCGUUUUGUCCAAAGACCAUUCAACUUAGAUUCCAUAGUGUGUAUCAGUAUUAUCUGGACUAUAAUGCUUCCAGCAACAACUGGUAUCUCCGUACUUCCAGAGUUCCUGGAGAGCUACACCAAUGUGCCUAUGGAGCCUGUAUUUGUCAACACAAACAGCAACAUCACAGUUCGAGAAGGUGGCCGAGCGCUUCUACCAUGUUCUAUACAGCACCUGGGCACAAAGAAGGUAUCGUGGAGGUUUAUCGAGGAAGACAAGUACCUGACUAUCGGUACAAUGGCCUGGUCACCAGAUGAUAACAUCUCUGUUGAGCAUGUCAAGCAUAGUGAGGAGCACGAAGACUGGACACUGGUCAUUCCUAAAGUGAAAAAGUCUCACGCAGGACUAUAUGAGUGUCAGCUAACCUCGGUGGCAGGAUACCACACUAACGUGCGACUGAAUGUUGUGGGUCCACCUAUUACAAUACCAGACCUAAGCACCAACUUAUCAAAACAUAAGGUCAUCAAAUACCCAUCUUUCACAGACGUGACGCUGACCGGCACCCAGUUUGUGGAGCGUGGUGGACAGAUUCAGCUCCAGUGUAACGCCACGGGAGGGAUGCAGAUAGCCGAGGAGAUCGAUUGGUUCAAGGAUGGGAACAUUAUUGAAGGUUCCAAUUUCAAAGACUAUGUUAUCUUCACUUACCGGUCAUUUGAACAAGGGGCUCUGGUCAGUACGUUACAGGUGGACAGGGCAGGUAAUCAACAUGCAGGGACCUAUGUCUGUCGAUCUUCAGACAAUAAACUGAAGGAUAUUGUGGUUCAAGUUCUUGUUGCUGAUUCAAGUAACGUAAAGCGGGGCACCGUAUCGUCCAAUCAUUCAUUAUCAACUCCAAUACACCAAUCUAAUCUUCCCAUUAUUAUUGGACUUAUGGCCACGUACUGGACAAUUAUAAACUAAAUCUAUAUAUAUAUUAAGGAGUGAACACACAUACAGACAUUGUGGACCUAUAACACACUUAGUGUGCAAUGGACGGGUGUACGUACGUCAAAGGAGAUAGUGAAGGCAAUAUAAGCAAAGCCAUGAAAACAGUAGCCUACUUAAGUUCAAUGCUACCUGAUGGAUUGGUAACAAGGGGAGAUAACAAUGAACUAUAUCGUGGCCACAGUAUUGCCUCUUGUACUCUUCAACACAUAUGAUAAACACACUAUGUUUAUUAAACUUUUAUACUUUCCUAGUUAAUUAGGUCAAAUAACAAACUGAGAGGAUGCUAUGGAAAGACAAUUUUACAAAUCAAAGUGUUCAAGUUUUUUUUUCAUACAAAACUAAAGACAAUGUUUUAAAAUGUAGAACAGAAUGAUAUAUGAGAGUUGCAUUGUCAGUUGUACUCUACAGACCACAUAUUGUUUAUAGAAGUGCUACAUACAACAAUGGCUGAAAGUGAAGCAUUGAUAUAAUCUUAAUGAAGUGCAUUGAUUGAGACAAGUCUGAUGUAAGUCUGAAUAUAAAUGUAACUGAUAAUUAUGUUAAAAAACAACAAUCCAUUGGCUUUUUAAAUUUCAAUCAAAUUUGAAUUAAUCUUUCUAUACUAUAUUCAGUUAGGCACAUUAAGUUCAAGCCUGAUCCGUAUUUCUUUUCUAGGCAAUCAAAUAUUAGAAAGAAAUUAUUGCUUUAGUUUUAGAAGAAAAUGUACUGUUUCAAAUUGAGGAUCUUGUUCUUUUCUUUACCAAUUCAAUGAAAACUAAACUGGCCAGAACAAUGAAGUAGUACGCUAUUUUUUCAUUGACUAUUUCAGUUUACAGUGUGUGUACAUUGACUUGUGGUACUGGCAUGGAAUAUAAAUCUGGACAUUUUCCAUGUGUAACUAUGAAAAAAAAAAGUAUGUUGUAUUCUUGAUAUCUACGAAUGCACGUUUCAUAAAAAUAUUAAGCAAAAUAUGUUUGUAAAAUUUUGUUUUUUUUAAACACAAAGCUGCAUUUUCAAGUCCUGGGAUGCCUGCUCUGGAAAUCUAUUUUCCAUGCUUGUUUUUAAGUGUAACAUAGAAUUUGAUAGUAAUUAUAGAUCUAUAUGUAAAUCAAAACUAAAUCUAUUUUUUGUAAUAUUAAAAGAAAGUCACAGGAAAUUAAUUUUGGUUUCUACACUGCCCUCAUUAAGUGUGAAAUCUUUGGCAGUAUAAAAUAGGAUUGAUAAUUUGAAAAGUAAUUUAGGCCAUAUAUUUUUUUUUAAUUGAUUAUUGUUGUGAAAAAAAUGUCAUUGUAAUCUCUCCCUCAUAAGCACUUUGUUUAAUUUACAUUUCCACUAAGAAGAAGAACUGUUUAAAAGUAAAAAAAUAAAGAUGAGACAAAAGUGUUGCAGGAUGAACACACAGCUUUAGGAUAUUCAAUGAAUUGGAGUUAAGAAAAAAAAAAGGUUAGGAGAUAGAAAGGAAUGUUCUUGAAAUAUAGUUUUUAACACGUUAUGAACUUUGAUUGUCGUUCAACGUUUCCCAGUGACUGUUCCUGUGCAUCAAUGGUAAGAAACUCUACCUCCAGUGAUGAAAGAGCUGCUUAAAAGAGUUUUGAUUGUUUAUGUUUGUCGGCAUAGUGAUUAUAUAUGUGGAUAAUUAUAAUAUACAUUGUAAGAUGGUUUAUAAAGAUAAGCUAAUUAGUUGGAUGAAGACUGUAUUCCAUCUGAUUAUCAUCAUGCUUAAUUUUGGAAGACCUUUUAGCAUUGGUUGAUUCAACUUUGACAUAAAUUGCUAUUCGUUAUUUGGAACCAUGAAAAACAAAAAUCUAGCACUUCUAUAGGAUCUUAUAUUAAUUAUUAAUGUAUGAUAGAAUUUUUAUGACUGAAAUGUAAUUGUACAUGUUUACUUGAGGACUUUAAUGAUAUGUGUGGGAAAUGAUUGUGAAACUGAAUCAAGAUGUACAUUUGAUUUUUGUACAUAUUUAUUUGUAAGAGUGAAUUUUGAUGUACAUUAUUUAAAUGUACUGUAUUUAAGCAUUAUGUUGUUUUUUUAUUUUAAUUGUUAUCUUUAGCAUUCUGUUAUUUGAAUGUCUCAUUUGUCGCAAGUUAAGGGAGGUAAUUUGUAAUCUUUUUUUUAGGCUCUCUCAAUUAGAGAACUUACUCCCCCUAUCAUUCUUUAUUGUAAGCACUCUUUUUUUUUCAUUUCAUUUAUCCUAUAUCUUGUAUCCAGGUAUUGAACUUGGUAUAUAAUGAAAGAACUAGAAAACAACAAAAAAAAAAUAAAUGUUUCAAAAGUUGAAA